AUGCCGAGGAUCCUCGAGAGACUCCGAGACAGCUUUGGUGCCCUCGGUCGACUCAAGGAAAUCAUUCAUUUUCGAAAAUUCAUUACCCAGAUAAAUCGUAAAUCUUCGGAGAGAACAGAAACAAAUUCAGCAAUUGAUUUCGAUGAGGAAAUAAAAUAUCCCCGGAUAACAAUGAAAAUCAUCGGAAUUUGGCCCUUCGCAUAUCGCGGGAAACAGACUAUCCAUUGUAUUACCGUACCUGUUCUAACUUUGUUAGUUCUCCUGACAACGAAAUCAUACACCAUAGAAUGGAGAAAUGAUGGAACCUAUCAGUUAUUGAUCACCAUUUUUAUCGAAUUAGUUACUGUUAAAGUCUUCAUAUGCAAAAUUUUCGAACAAGAUAUUCAAGAAAUAUUUGCAUUCAUGGAAGAUGAUUGGAAUCGUUCAAAAUAUUUCACGAUUGAGAGAAAGAAUAUCAUGGCGAAUAAUGCUAAACAAUCACAAAUCAUUUCAAAAGUGUUGGGAAUUUUAGUUGCUGCUGGAACUACUUCUGCAGUAAAUCUUCCUUGGGUAGCAUCACAUAUCCUGCAGGAAUCAGUGCAAUUUUACGCUGAUAUUUGGUAUCCUUUCACCAUAUCUCCCAUUUCUGGACUCAUAAUGAUUCUGGAAUUUUUAACGAUACUGUACACUUCUAUGGCUUUCUUAUGUCUCGAAACAUACUUCAUUAUUGUGGCUAAACAUUGUUGCGCGCAAUUGAAAAUCCUCAGUAGUACUAUUGAACAGUACAAUGGACGUAUUUUGCAUAAUAUUCCUACAGAGCAGUACGAUUGCGCAUGCACUGAAUGUAUUGUGAUGAGACACGUCGAAAUAAUAGAAUUUUUCAAAUCAAUCAAAAAGUUGUUCCACCCUCUUAUAUCGACUAACUUGGUAUUAGGCCAAAUGUAUAUCCUUGCAGCGGUAGUUACGUCCUUCAAGCAAAGUGGAUCUGGAAGUACUUUUUUUCUCAUCAUCUGUUGGAUGUCUGGUUCUCUAUCAAUUCUAACAAAACUCCUUUAUUGUAACAUCGGUGAAGAGCUGAGACAAGAGAGUCUCAAUGUAGGUGACGCUGUAUUCAAUUGUCAAUGGCAUGAGUUAGAGGGAAUUGACGCUAAAUCGAGCUUGAUGACAAUGAUUGUUUCUCAAAGUAUGCCUAUGGUGAUAAUGGCCGGUGGAAUUUUUCCAGUGUCACACGAAUUAUUUAAAGAUUGUGUCUUCUCAGUGCUUUCGGUAUUCUCACUCUUCCGAACCAUCUACCAGAAGAAUAAUCGCUCAUCGGCAAUUGAAACUUAA